UUGGCAGAGAUCGCACGCCAUAGAUGUCGCAACGUUUGUAGCAACAGGAUCCACACACGAAGUGGGUCAAUUGCCAAUGAUUAUCCGGGAAUUGAAUCAGCAGAAGUCUGAAGCUACACCGACGAUGCUCUUGCUCAAGUUGCUAACGCACAUCUAUCUACUAUUGUCGUCAACACCCCUAGCUUCCCUACAAUUACCGGACGAUGGUCACUCAAGCUGCCUUGUCACUCAGCUUUACCACAGCAUGGCUCAACUGUCGGCGGAAGUGGAGGAAAUCAAACAAGAACUUCAAAAAUUUCAGACGGAAACGGUACAGACUGCUGGUUAUAUUAGUCUGCAACCUCCAAACAAACCUUGUACUGUUGAUACUACUGGUCUAGUCUACAUGGACACAAACUACGACCAAAUCAUGGUUUGUAAUGGAUAUCACUGGAAAGCCGCCGAAUUACAAGUGCCCAUUGCAGAAAGCUGUCAGCAGCUGUACAAGUUUGGUUACUCCAAAUCAGGCGUCUAUUCCUUGAGAGAAACUUUAAACGGAACAUUAUACAAAACGUAUUGUGACAUGAAUGGUGGGUGGACUCUACUCAUGAAAAUCAAUGGCAACGACACAAAACUAGGAUUUGACGACCCGCUGUGGACUAACAAAGAGACGCUGAAUUCUGACGCACUGGAAGACGACGAGUCAACCAAAUUGGUUUCGUACUGGACGUUUCUGUUUACGGAACUGCGUCUCGGUAUGAAAGACAAAGAAAUCACGAGAUGGAUAACUCUAGCGUAUAAUUCAAGUUCACUGUACGAUCUCAUAGCAGACGAAGAGUACCGUGAACUGAUGCUCGGACGAGACGUCUGGAAAAGUCUAAUCAGCAACUCUUCUCUCCAAAUACACUGCAACAAGGAAGGCUUCAAUGUUGAGGGAAAAGAUUCCGAACAUCACGCCGUCCGCAUUGGAAUCAUAGCAAACGAAAACAACGACUGCAACAGCACGGACUCUCGUCUUGGCUUUGGUGGAAUGGGAAUUGCGUGCGUCGGAGACGAGAACGCGCCAGUCAACACUUGCGGCAAUAGUGCCGGGUGCGAAGCCGACAACGGUGACGUCAACAUUCCAGUCAUUGGAUACAUAAUGGCGCGCUGAGACAAAAUUGUUGCUACUAGAGUAUUUACGUUAAUCUCGUCACUGAUAGCUUACAUUACAUACACAUCGUGUGACUACUAGCAAACAAUCUAUUAGAACACACAAGAGAAUCUGUACGAUACUUGCUGCAAUGCAAGAUAUGGUCAAUACGAUAUUUACCUUCUACUGGUGACCAUGCAUGUCUCGUAGUCUUCGUAUGCUUUACAAAUAUCUCACGGUUUGCCGUCCGGACAGUACACUGUUUAACCAAGUCAGGCAUUGCAACGGCGUAGGAACCUAUA